GCCGGACACAGCAGGCCAGAGACAGUUGCCCACCAAGAGGCCAGCAGUAGCUACGACCCAGCAGCAUGGCGAUCACAAGAGCAGGAGUGCUUGGCCGUGUGCUGGUUGUGAGUUUGCUGCUGAAGAUGUCGUCUGGUUUCCCAGUGAUGCCAGUGACAGGCCCUGCAGUGAGUCCGGCUUACUCUAAUAUGCUGGUUCCAGUGACAAUAGCGACCCCUGCUGGCGCACAGCGGUACUUGGUGCCACUCAGCAGGCUGCUGCAGAUGCAGCAGCAGCAGCAGCAACAGCAGCAACAGCAACAGCACAGCACCACACAGCAGAACACCCUCCGACACCCGUACGCCCAUCCAACGCCAUCGACGCCCACACCCACCCUCCACCCACCCGUUACCGACGCCAGCGCAAACAGUUACACACAUGUUUUUGACCUGUCGACCCAAAACGUGGAGGGCCAAAGUUACACAGCCGAUCUCUCUACGCUGAAUGUCGAUGGACAAGCCGCGUAUGCCGUCGACCCAGCCACACAAGAUGUUAACGGACAAACCAAAACAUUUGACCCGUCCAGUCAAAAUAUCAACGGAAACUCUUAUUACCCAUUCACACAAAAUGUCAACGGACAGACUUAUGUGUAUGACCCGUCCACACACGUCAAUGGAAGCCCUUAUUACCCAUUCACGCAAAAUGUCAACAGACAAACUUACACAUAUGACCCAUCCACUCAAAACAUCAAUGGAAACACCUAUUACCCAUUUACACAAAACGUAAACGGACAAACUUACACAUGUGAUCCAUCCACACAGAACGUCAAUGGAAACGCCCAGUACCCAUUCAACCCAUUCAGUCAAAAUGUCAAUGGACAACCUUAUUAUUUCACAUACAAUGGACAAACUUACUACACCUUCGACCCGUCCGUUAUAAACCGGCUCAACACACACUUUCAAACCACCAACACACACACUGGAGCGGCUGGCGCAGGAGUUGACGCGGGCAACCAGGGGACGAUACUCACCAACGGCCAGGGGACGGGGACGGACACACACACCCAGCAGACGGGGGGACACACUCCUCUUAGCCCAGCUGAGGGAGGAGGCCAGGUGCUUUACCCUGUACUCGUGGAUCAGCAGGGACAGGUGCUUCUCCCCGGGACCGCCCCUCCCAUCCCCUUCGACACCACAACCAAAACCCUGCAGCCAGACCCCCAGGGACAGGUGCUGAAUGGGUGGACUGAUCCUCUCACAGUGCCUCUCCUUCCUCCUCUUGGACCUAUUGGGCCUUUGGGACCUCUAGGGCCUGUGACCAAUCAGAUGAUCCUACCGGUGUUCACUCCUGUCGGCCCCACCGUUGGCCAAACCACCACACAGGCAGAGACUGGACAGGUCUUCUUGCCAACUUGGACAGCCUCUUCUGCGGUUGGUGCAGUUGGUGCAGGAUCAUUGUCGUCUUCUGACAGUUCAGAGGAAGGUGGCAUCACUCCAGUGAUCUUCAUGCUUCCCGCCAGUGCUGAGCUGCAGAUCAACGCCGGCCUGACAGAGGGAGAGCAGCAGGGGCAACAACAGGCCCAGGGGCAACAGCAGGGCCCCCUACCCGACAACACCCUCCUACCAGACCCCUCCGCACCCACCGACCACUCCCCAGGCUUUGCGCACCUCGACGGGGCAGCGGGGCCACCGACCGCCCUCCCCUACCUGGAUGUGGGGGCAUCGUCCUCCACCACUGUCCCCCUCAAUGCAGCAGAUGCAAACAGCCACCCAGGCAUACUGCCUGCCGGGGUGCAGCAGGAGGGUGAUGGGGGAGUUGAAGUUACAGGUGGGGGGUUGAAGCAGCAGGGCAGGGGGGGCAACAGUGGUGCUGGUGGAUGUGCGCCAGGGACACCCGCCGAGAGCACCCAGGGAGAGGGCAUGGGAACGGCGGACCCCUCACUGAUGAUUGAAGACAUUGAACGCAGAGGCGACCGUGCUUGA